CCCACCACGGCCUGGUAAGGCAGGAGGUCCCCACGGGCCAGGAGGAAGCAAGCAGCCCAGAAAUGUCUGCCUGUGGGCAACCGCACCUCCAGGGAAGAGGCAGGGACGCAGACUGAGGGCAGAAGAGCGACGCUACACCCAGAGGGCUGGCCCCACGAGCUUGGGGGCCAUGCCUGGGCCAACAUUUGUCCAGCCAGGGAGGGGGGUGUGUGAGGCCCCUCCCAGGGGAGCCAUGGGUUGAGCAGGACCCCAAGAGCAAGCACCCCUUCCUGCUCCCUGCGGGAUGAUGCCUGUGCUUGGCUCCCAGAGGCGGCUGCUGGGUUCCCUUAACUGCACGCCUCCAGCCACCUUCCCCCUCACGCUGGCCCCCAACCGGACGGGGCCCCAGUGCCUGGAGGUGUCCAUCCCCGACGGGCUCUUUCUCAGCCUGGGGCUAGUGAGUCUCGUAGAGAAUGUGCUGGUGGUGGCUGCCAUUGCCAAGAACCGCAACCUGCACUCCCCCAUGUACUACUUCAUCUGCUGCCUGGCCGUGUCCGACCUGCUGGUAAGCGUCAGCAAUGUGCUGGAGACAGCAGUCAUGCUGCUGCUGGAGGCUGGUGCCCUGGCCGCCCGGGCAGCUGUGGUGCAGCAGCUGGACAAUGUCAUCGAUGUGCUUAUCUGUGGCUCCAUGGUGUCCAGCCUCUGCUUCCUGGGCGCCAUCGCUGUGGACCGCUACAUCUCCAUCUUCUACGCCCUGCGGUACCACAGUGUCGUGACACUGCCCCGGGCGUGGCGGAUCAUUGCGGCCAUCUGGGUGGCCAGCAUCCUCACCAGCCUGCUCUUCAUCACCUACUACAACCACACGGUCGUCCUGCUGUGUCUUGUUGGCUUCUUCAUAGCCAUGCUGGCCCUCAUGGCCGUCCUCUACGUCCAUAUGCUGGCCCGGGCGUGCCAGCAUGCCCGGGGCAUCGCCCGGCUCCAGAAGAGGCAGCGCCCCAUUCAUCAGGGCUUUGGCCUCAAGGGCGCUGCCACCCUCACCAUCCUGCUGGGCGUCUUUUUUCUCUGCUGGGGCCCCUUCUUCCUGCACCUCUCGCUCAUCGUCCUCUGCCCCCAGCAUCCCACCUGUGGCUGCAUCUUCAAGAACUUCAACCUCUUCCUGGCCCUCAUCAUUUGCAACGCCAUCGUGGACCCCCUCAUCUACGCCUUUCGCAGCCAGGAGCUCCGGAAGACACUCCAAGAGGUGCUGCAGUGCUCCUGCUGUGGGAAGUGCCGCUCCAAGGACUUCAUGACCAGCACAGGAGGAGGAUCUCACCAGCCCCGCCUUCCGGUUGCGCGGAGCCCGGAGACCCGGUGGCGGAGGAAGGCGGCGCCGCCGCAGCGCGCGGUCGAGCGGGGAUGCGCGGCGCGGAUGCUUGCUGCAGCCGGUGCCGCAGUCUUCGGCGGCGCCCCGGGAUUGGCCGCGCGAGAUGACGCCGGGCCGGGCGAGGCGGGCGGGGCCCCGCCUAUAAGAGCGGGCGGCGGGGGCGGCAGAGCCUCCGCAGCCAGCUGCAGCCGGUCCGCUCGCGUCUCGCAGCCGCCCGCCAUAGCACCGAGCAUGAGGGAGAUCGUGCACAUCCAGGCCGGCCAGUGCGGCAACCAGAUCGGGGCCAAGUUCUGGGAGGUCAUCAGUGAUGAACAUGGGAUAGACCCCAGUGGCAAUUAUGUGGGUGACUCGGACCUGCAGCUGGAGCGCAUCAGUGUCUACUACAACGAGGCCUCUUCACACAAAUAUGUGCCUCGGGCCAUCCUGGUGGACCUCGAGCCUGGAACCAUGGACAGCGUCCGGUCUGGGGCCUUUGGGCACCUCUUCAGGCCUGACAACUUCAUCUUUGGUCAGAGUGGGGCUGGCAACAACUGGGCCAAGGGCCAUUACACGGAGGGUGCCGAGCUGGUGGACUCGGUCCUGGAUGUGGUGCGGAAGGAGUGCGAAAACUGCGACUGCCUGCAGGGCUUCCAGCUGACCCACUCCCUGGGUGGCGGCACAGGCUCAGGCAUGGGCACACUGCUCAUCAGCAAGGUCCGCGAGGAGUACCCCGACCGCAUCAUGAACACCUUCAGCGUGGUGCCCUCGCCCAAGGUGUCGGACACGGUGGUGGAGCCCUACAACGCCACGCUGUCCAUCCACCAGCUGGUGGAGAACACGGACGAGACCUACUGCAUCGAUAACGAGGCGCUGUAUGACAUCUGCUUCCGCACCCUCAAGCUGGCCACACCCACCUACGGGGACCUCAACCACCUGGUAUCGGCCACCAUGAGCGGGGUCACCACCUCCCUGCGCUUCCCGGGCCAGCUCAAUGCCGACCUGCGCAAGCUGGCCGUGAACAUGGUGCCCUUCCCACGCCUACACUUCUUCAUGCCCGGCUUCGCCCCGCUCACUGCCCGCGGCAGCCAGCAGUACCGGGCGCUGACCGUCCCCGAGCUCACCCAGCAGAUGUUCGAUGCCAAGAACAUGAUGGCGGCCUGUGACCCACGCCACGGCCGCUACCUGACCGUGGCCACCGUCUUCCGAGGGCGCAUGUCCAUGAAGGAGGUGGACGAGCAGAUGCUGGCCAUCCAGAGCAAGAACAGCAGCUACUUCGUGGAGUGGAUCCCCAACAAUGUGAAGGUGGCCGUGUGUGACAUCCCGCCUCGCGGGCUGAAGAUGUCCUCCACCUUCAUCGGCAACAGCACAGCCAUCCAGGAGCUGUUCAAGCGCAUCUCGGAGCAGUUCACAGCCAUGUUCCGGCGCAAGGCCUUCCUGCACUGGUACACGGGCGAGGGCAUGGACGAGAUGGAGUUCACCGAGGCCGAGAGCAACAUGAACGACCUGGUGUCUGAGUACCAGCAGUACCAGGACGCCACGGCCGAGGAGGAGGGCGAAAUGUACGAAGACGAUGAGGAGGAAUCCGAGGCCCAGGGCCCCAAGUGAAGCAGCUGAAGGGGUGGGACGCGGCUGCGGCCAGGACCAAGUGGUCUGUCCCCCAAGCCAUGUAGCCACUGACACACCCCCGAUCUCACCCCCACAAGGUUCAGUCAUGUCACCCUGGGGCUCCCAAGUGUUUGUCCUCCAGUAUUUACAACACCCCUGCCCUGCGUGAGUUCUCUCAGCUAUCUUCCGCCUUAGGUCAAAUCCGUUUCCUGUCUCUGCUUUAUUGUUAGCUCCAGGCCUGAUGUUUUUUUGUUUUUUUUUUUUUUUACUGGUUUCUGUUUAUAUUUGGAGGGGGAUAUUUAAUAAAUUUAUUGCUGUCAGAUACCCAUG